AUGCCUGACGAAUCCUCAACAAUCUUGGUGACUAUAUUCAAGCUUAGUCCCGAGUCUGGCGAGAGGGUUGGACUUGCGCUAACCAUACUACUAGCAUAUGCUGUGUACCUCAGCCUGAUAUCUGACAGCAUACCACAAACAUCACUGUCUGCAAGUUUAUUGUCAACAUACCUUGCUACCAUCCUACUGCUGCAGACCAUCGCCGUUCUGCUGACUGUUAUCUACCUGGACAUUUAUUUCACCGCUGAUGACAAACCGGUUCCAAACUACCUAUUAACCAUGUCGUCAUUCCUUGAGAAAAUAACCAGUUUGAAUCGCUGCAAGAAACGGAACAAAGUAGCGGAUAAUUCUGAAGGAAAGAAUGACCCUCUUACCGAAGACCUUGACGAUAAAACAGAUGCGAACGAAAAACGUUUAGAGAAGAUGAAAGAGUGGGAAGACGAGGAAGACGACGCUACUAGAAAAGAAUUCACGUGGAAAGAAGUGGCGUUACUAUUGGACAAAAUAACUUUGUAUAUCUACCUCAUUGUAGUCACUGUGUUGACCGUUGCUUUUGUCUCUGUGAUGGUAGACCACUACAAUAGCUCCUAUACAAGUGAUAAGUGA